CUGCUCCAGUGCUUCCGGGCUGGGCCAAUGCACAGCGUGCCGUGGGCCGCUCCUGGCGCAGUCGGAGAGGGAAUGCUUCCGUGCCGCGGGCUUCAAAAUGCCAUGCCGGCAGCCCCUCCAGGGGUCAUGUCUACACAGGCAGUGAAGCUGGACCGAACGCCGGAUGCCUUGCAAGAGGAGAUGCGGGAACACUUGAACAGCCAAAUGUCGCUGAUGAACCGGGUGAGCCAAGAGUUCCAGAGGCUGCAGGGCCAGCUGCAAGCUGUCACGCAGGAGCGCGAUCAGCUCCGGCAGCAGAACUCGGUGCUGACCAUGCAGCUGGCGAAGAGCGUGCCGCCAUCUUGGCGAGUGGAGACGGUGGAAAAGCCAGCGCCAAAAGAAAUCGUUAGCGCCCCACCGAUGGAAGGGAAGAAGCCGCUGGGCGUCGGCAUUAUGCCGACCAAAGCGGGAACUGAUAGGUUUGUGCUGGAGAAGCACUUGCCCAACCACCAUAAGGCACCAGUGCACAGUGUGGCCAUGAGCGAAGACUCGACGCGUUUCGUCACCGCCUCCUGGGAUGCCUCGGUGCACGUCUACGACUUGACCCGGAAGGAGAUGGAGAAGACCCUAAAGAAGCAAAGUGCAGACAAGAGAGAGCAGAUGGGUGGUCUCUACUCCGUUGCCUUCGCCAAGACGGCUCCUGAGAUUCUGGGGUGCACCUCUGUGGACAAGCAUGUCUACCUUUGGAACCACAUCACAGGCCAGCAGAUCUCCAAGUUGGGUGGAGACAAAGGCCAUUCUGAUGAGGUCAACGGCAUAGACUUCCAUGCUGGACAGCAGGUCAUGGCUACUGCAUCAGAUGAUGCUUCAGCGAUCAUCUGGGACUUUGUGGAGGGCAUCCCUUUACGGACGCUGCAGCAUCCUGAGAAAGCCGUGUACGGUGUCACCUUCCUGGGCAAGGACCCAGACAGGCAAUACUUUGUCGGCACCUGCUGCUUUGAUCAGAAAACUCGCAUCUUCGACAUGCGGGACAAGAAGGUUGUGACCACACUGACUGGCCACACCGAUGACAUUAUUGGUAUUGACUAUUCAAGCCCGGGGCUCUUGGCCACUGGCUCGGAUGAUGGGCACAUCUUGAUUUACGACACCAAGAUGUGGUCACUGAUACAUCGCCUGGACUGCAAGGUGGACAUUUCCACCGAGACAGAGGUGAAACGAGUUGCUUUCAGUAGAGACGGCGACAUGCUGGCCGCAGCGUGCUCAACUGGGAGCGUCGUUGUUUACUCGGGCUUUGCCCAAAACAAGCCUACUAUGCUGCAGAAGCUCGGCGGCCACACCGACUGUGUGUUUGACGUAGCCUGGGGCUGCGACGCAAGGACCAACGCCAAGCUGCUGGUCUCUGCGUCGCAUGACAAGUCGGCAAGAUUUUGGAAAGAGGCGAUCUAGUGAAGUCUGUGAAGUCUGCAGUACAAAGCUGUUCCGUCAGAUAUAGUUUUACAUACCUCUGGCAGCUGGAUGGAGAACUCGCUGGGGCCUGUGCCGAUUUCCAGGCACCCAGUGGUGCUUUCACCAGCAGGCCCAGCCGAAAGAUUAGUCUUUCUGAUUUGUGGCCUGAGGGGCCUGACUCCGAAAGUCACAAUGUUUAACCCUCAGGUGUCCAGGCGUCCAGGAGGUGUUCCUAGACCCGACUUUAUCACUGAAUCGGAUGGCCCGGCCGCUCCUGAUGACAGGAAGCUUGGCUUGAGCGUAGACACAUGAUAUGUUUGGUGCCAGG